AUGCUGAAGCUUCGUCAAAUGCAGAAGCAGAAACAAGAGCAACUGAAGAGCGAGGGAACUUCUCAGGCCCUGAAGCACACCAAGGCAUCGCAGAUUAGGCUACAGAAAGAUCUAAACAACGUCGAUUUACCGCCUACGAUCCAGAUAGACACUUGUGAUGUUGCGAGGGAUUGCACCUUAUAUCUGCAGAUAUAUCCGGACGAGGGUUUCUACGCAGGCGGGCAUUUCAAGUUUUCUCUUCACUUCAAGGACACUUAUCCCAUUGAAGCUCCGCAAGUCAAGUGUACUAGUAAGAUUUAUCAUCCCAACAUAGAUCCGCAAGGAAAUGUCUGUUUGAAUAUUCUGCGUGAGGAUUGGUCGCCAGUUCUCGACGUUCAAAGUAUAAUGAUUGGACUACUUCUUCUUUUCCUAGAGCCCAAUCCAAAUGAUCCAUUGAAUAAAGCAGCCGCUAUGGAUUUUAAGGACAGUGCGGCAAAUUUUGCCAAGAACGUAGCGAUUGCAAUGCGCGGCGGCUCACUGUAUGGCGAACGCUACGACUACGUGAUGCAAAAAGACUGA